UAAUUUUUGAAUUGGCCAAUAAAAUUAUUAAUAUCUUCAGGUGAUGAUGGCAUCAAAAAUUAAUGAAUCGCAACUAAAAAUUUGCCUACUAGUGGAGCAUGGAACUGAUGAGAUGCCUCAUUCGCUGUAUACGAUUGACCUACCAAGUGAUCUGGAGCGGCAAAGGGAGGUCGAUUCUGAGGGGUUUCAAGUGUUGUCACCCUUGGUAGUCUUCCCUCAGCGUAAGUUUCUGUACCGCACUGAAUUCGUUAACCUCGGAUCGAAAGUAUACAUCUUUGGAGGUGUUAGAUCUGAUAAGCUUGACGAAGACCUAUAUAGAGCUGUACAUGUCCUUGACAUGAACGAUCCUAAGCAUGGGCUGCGCCGAGUUGCUUCCCUGAAUGCCUCCAAGGAAUGUCUUUGUGCGUUUGUGGCUGAUGGUAUGGUUUACACGCUUGGGAAAGCCGAGAGAAAAGAAGCAUCCGGCAAGUCAGGUUGUUUCGAGCGUUAUAUUCCUCGUAUUGACAGGUGGGAAGUCCUUCCUGACCCCCCACUUCCGUGGGUUAAGCUUUUUACAGCUGAUUGGACUGGUCGUGUCACGGUUGUGGGUCGUGAGGUCUUCAUAGGGAGUUAUGGCAGUUAUGCCAUUUUUAACUUGGAUACGUUAGAGUGGGCUGAACCGCCAUCUGCAACUCUGGCUGAAUGUUUCCCUUAUGGUGCGCUUUAUGUCGAUGGCUUCCUCUACCACCUAAGGGGAGGAGAACUUUGGAGGAGACCAGGUGCAGUUUGGGAUCCUCACGAUGUUCCUGAGGCUCUACAGAUUGUUAGGAGAGGCCCCUUUCCCAAACAUGAUGGUUUUGGUAGUAGCAGCAAGGAUAUUCUCAAGAGCGCCUCUUUAUAACCUGGGAAAGCGCAGGUCAUGUCUACAGCUGCCGAAUUAGCCGGCGAAGACAAUACCUUCUUCACACAUAGAAAUUUUGAUCCUUGGCGACUUCUCCUCCACUUGGGGGGCCCUUACUUCUGCUAUCUUGUCACUGCCCAAAAUAUAAACUUGAAAUGCCAAACGGUUGAUUACUACACUCGUUUUGUAGGGAUCAUGAUCUUUAAGAAGCCCCAAGGGGAAAAUAUCAAUAUUAGUGAAAGCUGUCUUGUAUCCUCGUUGAUCUAUAGAAUCCAGACCCCGUUCCGUAACUUUGCAUAUCGCAUCCGCUCCUGCGUUCUUGGUGAUGUCCCGGAAUCCUGGAAUAGAGUGGUGCCAAACAAAAAGCAGGAAAGCAGCAGGAGGACUAAAAAGAAUGAGCUCUUUCAUAUGGCUGCGACCCAGCAGGGUAAUGGGU